UCAGUUUCGAUUGCACUUUGCAGCUCGACAUACAUAUUACGCUUUAUCUUAUUUUUUGAUUUAGACUUAAAAUAUGCGACCACCAUACAGCAUAAUUGCAUUACUACCUAUUUUCGGAUUGUGCUUCGCGACGGCCGUUGAGAAUGCAGCCACGUGUAAUUGCGAGCACUGUGACGAGAAAAAAGUGAUCGGUUUGGAAGAGGAGGCGACUACUCGCGCGAGGGAAGUCAUGUAUGACGAGGACAGCGAUAAUGAUGGUAAUCGGACAAUUUGCGCCAGGGAUCGUGAUUUUAACGAUCGCACUUUUCCAAGUGUCUGUCACAUGUUAUGUUACAAUCAUUGUACUAGAUAUCGCAUAGUGGCAGAUAAGACUAAUGAUGUAAAGGAGAAUGUCGUAAUUGCGUACAGAUCAAAUUAUUACAAAUUGAAAGAUGGAUUGUGCUGAAGAUCAUUAUGAUCGCUAUGUACUUUUGGGGGUCAUAUAACUGAAGGGCUUAACGUAUAUAUUUAAUCAUUACAAAAAAUUUGAGCAACAACAUAUUUUUGUCAAUUUAUAUUGUACAUAUAUAUUAAAAUAUGUAAAAAAAUAUA